CUAGCAACGCAUAAUCUCAACGUUUAUGUUUGUUAUCUGGGUUUAUGUUGUAAUAUUGCGGGAAAUCUUUAAAUAAGCGUGCUUAAAAAAUAUGGCUUCGGCUGAGUUAGAGAAAAUUUUAAGAAAGCUUCUUGUCCCAGACAAUCAUAUUAUUCAGCAGGCAACUAUUGAACUAAAAACAGCGUUUAUAAAGACAGAUGUGGUUCUACCAGCAUUAGUUGAACUUUUACAAAACUGCACAGAACCAACUAUUCGUCAAUACUGCUCAAUACUUUUACGCCGCCGCAUUGUCAAGCAGUGGAACAGUGUUAAUACUGAAACUAAAACUAGUUUAAAGAGUUUACUUUUGACUUGUGUGACAAGGGAGACUAUACCAUUUGUACUUGGAUCUAUUUGUCAAGUGGUUGGUUCCAUAGCACGCCACGAUUUUGCUAAUAAUGCAUGGCCUGAACUUUUGCAAUUUAUCUCUCAAUGCAUACAAAGCAGCAAAGCAAAUGAAAGAGAGGUGGGAUUUACAUUAUUAUAUGCGGUUUGUGAGUCAGCCAGUGAGCAGUUAAAGCCAUGGUAUAAAGAACUAUUUCCAGUCUUUCAAAUUGGUUUAUCCGAUUGUGAAUCAAAAAAUAAUCCUUAUUAUGCUAUAAGAUGCAUUUGCCCUCUCGUUCAAUAUUUUGGUUCUGAUGAGGAGGUUUUACUAAAACCAAUGCUUGGCGAGAUAAUGAAUGCAAUAAAAACUUUGUUGAAAGAAGAUGAGGACAAAGCCAAUGAAGCAUUAGAUAUUUUUGAUGAGCUUGUUCAAAUAGAAGUUGGAAUAAUUGUACCAUAUGUUAAAUUACUUGUUGAAUUUUGCAUGCAGAUAAUUAGUUGCAAUGAGUUUGAAGAAGGUCUCAGAGUAAAAGCUCUCUAUCUUAUUUGUUGGGCUUGUCGCAGAAAAAGCAAGAUAAUUUUAAAAGAAAAGUUGCUAAAACCAUUAAUUACACAGCUUCUGUCUUUAAUGUCAAUGCCUGAAGAUGAGGAGGAUGCCUCUGAAGAUGAUAUGGCCGAAAUUAAUAGUUUGCAAUCAGUUGCCAGUCAGGCUCUUGACUUGUUGGCUCUUCACUCUCCUCCAGCUCAACUUAUUCCAAUAUUAAUGGAAUCUUUAUCAUCGUUAUUCAUAAGUGCAAAUCAUUUUGAAAGAAAAGCAGCAUAUAUUGCACUUGGUGAGCUUGCCGAAGGUUGUGCUGACUUUAUUCGGACAAGACAUUUGAAAAAUGCUGUUGAGACUGCUAUGAAAGGUUUAUCUGAUCAAUCUGUUAUUGUAAGAAAUGCUGCUUUAUUUGCACUGGGUCAAUACGCUGAACAUGUUCAGCCAGAUGUAAGCAAACUGCAUGAGAAUGUCAUUCCAAUGCUUUUAAUUUUUCUACAAACAUUAGUUAAUGAUCCUCAACCAAAUGUAAAUCAUAAAGGAACUAUUACUAAGCUUUUUUAUGCUUUGGAAAAAUUUACAGAAGGACUUGAGAAAGAAGUUGUUUUUAUUUACACUGAUAAACUAAUGGAAUCAUUUCUUUAUUUGUUAAAAAACAGUAAGGAUGCUCAUACCUCAGAGCUAGCAAUAAGUGCCAUCGGAGCUUUAGCUACAUCAGCAGGAGAACAUCUCUCUAAUUAUUUUAGUGUGAUCAUGGAACAUUUAAAGGUGUAUUUGCAACAACCUCUUACAUUAGAAAAUAUGGAUAUAAUAGCACAGACAGUUGAUACUCUUGGUGCACUUGCUAGGAAUAUCAAAUCAGAUAUAUUUUAUCCAGUGGCAAAUGAUUGCAUACAAUUUGGAAUUAAAGUUAUAGAAGAUUGUGAAGAUCCAGAUUUAAAAAGAUGCACUUAUGGUUUGUUUUCUGCAGUUUCAUUUGUGCUGAAAGAUAAAAUGGAAUUCUAUUUGCCCUCAAUCAUUCAAGCAAUGAUAUUGUCUCUCAGUUCAACAGAUGGCAUUGUGGCAACAGAUACCAGCAAUGAUCCAUUAUUUUUAAUAGAAGAUGAAACAGGUGAAGAAGAUAUAGAAGAUGAAGAGGAAGAGAAUGCAACUGGUUAUACAGUAGAAAAUGCGUACAUGGAUGAAAAAGAAGAUACGAUCAACUCACUUGCAGAAUUAGCAGAAAAUGUUGGAAAACCAAUGAUGUCCUAUAUGGAAGAAAUUUUCAAAGAAAUAUUUUUAUUAGUUGAUUAUCCUCAUGAAAAUGUAAGAAAAGCAUCAGUAACAGGUUGUUGUCGACUUACAUCAGUAAUUUAUAAGCAUCUUAAAGAAAACCAAGUUUCAGAUUUGUCUACUGUCAAUAUGUAUAUUGCCAGAAGCUUUCCAACUGCUUUGAAUGUAAUUAAUAAAGAUGAUGAUCGGUCAGUGGUAAUUGCUGUUGUUGAAGUACUUAAUGAUUUGAUCAAAGAUUUAAAAGGAGAUCUUUUUAUUGAACAACAAUAUGCAGAUGAUCUUGCUAAUUCAAUUUUAAAUUUGUUAAAAGGAAAGACGCACUGUCAGCAGUUUUUAGAUGAUGAGGAACCUAAUCAUGUUUCUGUAGAUGAAGAUGACUCUCUUGCUGAACUUGAUCACAUUUUGGUUGAGCAGGCAGGAGAUCUUUUACCUUCAUUUGCUCAAGCUAUUGGUGGAGAAAAUUUUAAAAAGUAUUUUAACAUCAUUCUUCCAGAAAUUAUGAAGAAAUCUAAAAAAAAUAGCACAGUGGCAGAGAAGUCUUUUGCUGCUGGAACAAUUGCUGAGAUCAUACAAGCGAUGGGUGUAUCAAUAGGAAUUUAUGUUCAACCUUUAACACCGUGGUUAGUUCAAUUUUUGCAAGAUUCUGAUGAAGAAGUCAGAAGUAAUGCUGCUUUUGGUUUAGGUGUACUUUGUGAACAUGGUGGAGAUGCAGCAAAAAUAUUUUAUGUUAAUAUUCUACAAUCUUUGUUCAACUUGCUGAAUCAGCAAAAGCAGCCUCCCCUUGUCCAAGACAAUGUUUGUGGUGCUGUUUCUAGAAUGGUAAUGGCAUCUAAAGAAUCUCUACCGUUGCAGCAGGUAUUGUCGGUAUUGAUCGAUUGCCUUCCAAUUAAGGAAGACGAAAGGGAAAAUGAAACUGUUAUGAAAUGCCUUUCAAACCUUUACGUUACCGACAGCUGCAUUCUGUUUCCAUAUUUGCAAAAACUUAUUCCUCUUUUUAUUGAGUCUCACGGCAACGAAAAUUCCGGAGUAGAACUAGCUACACGUGAAAAAUUAAAAAUCGCAAUUGAAGAUAUUCAAAGAAAAUUUCCUUUAGAAUUUAAUCAAAUUAUAUCCACUCUUGCUCAAAAAUAA